AUGGCCCCAGUAGCAGAUCCCGAUGGCGACACCACCAUGGAGGCCAUCUCGCCCAAGAACCACCUAUCAUUCAGAGCUCCCACACUAGAGCGCAUCGACAGCCUCGCGUCCAUGGAAUCGCGUGUAGAUCCAGAUGCCCAAACAACUGUCACCGACUUCCUCGAUUUUACCGAUUAUCUACCCUCCGACGUCGUGCGAUCCCUGAUUCUUAUCGGCAAACUCGACGAGAGAUACGCGAACGCUUCACUCAAGGUCAACGACUUGACUACAAUAUGGGGUCGACUACCAACAAUCAGCGCAGAGGAGCGUCCGGCGCCACUACAGCUCCGGGCGGAUAUUUCUGAGCAGCUCGACCAAGCCGUCAAUUCUCGUACCUUUGCGCACGCUGAAGCUAUCAGAAUGUCCGAUAAUAUUAAUAGACAUUAUAACAAGGCUAAGGUCUUGCUUUCGAAGUUGAAGAAGAUGAGAGAGAACUAUCCGACAGAGGAACCGAAGAGUCCAGUCCAAACAAGAUCACCGCAGGCUGCCAGGAGCAAAGCACUUAAGGCCGGGGGAGACGGUGGCCAGAAACCUCGGAGACCGCAAGGUCCUAGAAUUAUCGUGCCUGGCGAGGUACAGGCGCCCUACGACGUUGAUCAGGAUACGUUCACAGACGAAAGUGAUGUAAGCUCCGACGAUGACUCCGAUACGCCAGCGCCAAAUCGAAGAACGCCUGGACCAGCACCACGGAUCAAGCUGGUAUCGAACAAACCACCAAAGACGCCUAGCCGUCUGGCUCGUCCAGUCACCUAUGCGACACCCGCACUGAGUGAAGCAGCUGCUGCCAACAAUGCUGCUCUACUCCAGCCCCCUCCUGACGAUGCUGUUGUCGGUAGUCCCGAUGCCCCAUGGUUGCAACUUACUCACUACGAGCUCGCCAAGUUGCGAAAACGCAUGAAGAAAAAUGCGACAUGGACUCCAAGCGAGACCAUGAUUGCCCGCGAACUAAAAGCUCUCGGUCGUGGCCCCGACGCAUAUCACGAGGCCAAGAAAGACGCGAAAGAGAAAGGGGAGCGUUUUGAGCCUGUAGUUCCACAAGCGAUCGUGGACACCAAAUCUGGCGAGAAGCAGCUGCCAGCUGGCGCUUUGAGUCCUGACACGUUAUCAGCUGAAGAAGUUGCCACUAGUAAUCGUGGCAUGAAACUCAACGAGGCGAAGAAAUUGAAACGAGAAGCUCUUGCCAAAAUGGCCGCAGAAGAAGCAGAGGAAUCAGCUAGGAAAAUGAACGAGGCUGCCAAAUUAUUUCUCGGAAAUGGAAAUGGGAAUGGGAAUGGAAACGGCAACAGCAAUGGCAAUGGCAAUUCAAACGCAAACAAUGGAAACACAAGCAAUGCAAACACAAGUAAUGCAAAUGCAAGCAACAACAGCAACGGUAACACCAAUAACGGGAGUAAUGGCACGCCAAAGACCCCCACAUCAGAGACGCCUGUUAAAGAAACCCCCAAGCCCAACAAAACCCGAGCAGCAUCGCGAUCAACCAAGCGCAAAAGAGAACCAGAGCCCGAAGAACCCACGAAUGUCAACGGGAGUGCUGAAAAGAACGAGAGCCGACCUCAAGUCAAACGAACCAAAACCGAAACGCCGGUCCCUCCGCCUCCGCAACUCACAUUAAGUAAGGGCCCAAGUCCUGAGAAUCCAGCACCUGCGUCGGCAGCAGCACCUGGAGAUCAUCCUGUAGUCUCGCAUGCCGAAACACCUGUUCCUAUCCCUAUUCCUGCCAUGGCUACCAGGGCUUCAGCAAAGUCUCCAACGCCCAACCCUGCUGCCGCAUCCAAUACAGGACCUACUAAACCCCCUCCUCAUGAGACUCCGGUUCCUUUACCGUUCUCUGAACGACGGAAAUCGGUAACCCCAGUACUGCCUCCAGUACGGGAGAACACUAAAAGAGAAACCCGAGGUGAUGCAGCGAAGAGGACGCAGCAGGCACAGCAACAGCAGACAGAACCACCCCCUCAAGUGAUCCAGCCGAUUCCCGAGGUGUCUGAAGAAGAAACCCUCAAAUCUGAACCCAAGACAUCACCGUUGCUCCAAACCGCAACCGUGCAAAUUGCUCUUGCUCCUCCACAGUCCCCUCCUCCCCCUCCACCACCUCAAGCUCCUGAACCAGCCAUCAAACAGACCUCUUCCCGCGCACCCACUCCUCGGAUUACCCCCGGCCCCGAGGGUCUUGCCAUACGUCGACCAAGUUCUCGAGGUAAAGCUGCGAGUCAAGAGCCGCAGCUCUCGUUAGCUGCAGAUCGCCCUAGACGAGCCAGCACCGCUCGCAACACCCCUGCCCCUGAGCCUCGACCACCAAAGCGAACUAAGCGGCCAGCUCCUGGAAUUGUUAGCACCACCAAAAGCGGCGGCAACAGCGCUGUUGGCAAGAGAAAGGCGCCACCAAAGAAGAAGGCUCGCCCAAAGAAGGACAGAGGGUCUGCAGAGGUUGAACUGGAGGAUGUGGAUGAUGAUGGAAACCCAAUCGAUCCUGACGAGGCCAGGUACUGUCUCUGCAAUAGAGUCAGCUUUGGCACGAUGAUUGCCUGCGAAAACUCUGAGGACGCGCUGGAGCUCAGUGACGAUUCCGAUAUCGAGGUGCACCCCAACGUUGAUAAGCGAUCAUUCAUCCGCGCGAAACAGAACCAGAUUCAUCAGGAGCGUCAACAACGAAGACUCCAGAUCGAAACUUAUAAGUAUGAGCGUGUAGUCAACGAUGGCUUGAUCAAGCGCAUUUCAGGCCUCUUGGCGUCACUUCGAGCUCAUGCCUCUGAGGCUGCCACCCGAAACCCGGCAGAGGUUGCAUUCCAAGCUGUCAUGGAGUCAGCUGGCAACCCCAAGGAUGACAAGCCCCCUGUACCACCUGAGGGAGUGUACACCCACGAGAAGGAGCAGCCAUCAUACACCAAGAUGAUGGCUACUCUCCUGGAUCAAGUUAACAAGGCUUUGGACGAGAAGAAGCCGGAGAACAGAUACGAGGCUAUGAUUGCUGAGAUUCAGGAACAUGAGGACAAGGUUACCGGUCUGCAGAAAGAGCUGGAAAUUAAGCUUGCAGAGCUUGAGAAGGAGGAGGGACGAAAGAUUACCAGCGAAGGAAUCCAUACCGGUUUCGAUAGCUCGCAUGUCGCCAAGUCAACACCUGAAGAUAAGAAGAAGGAGACUACGCAGGUGGAACUUUUGAACCCUGGCGCUGCGGGAGGAUCGCCAUCGAGCUCGGGAGCCGAGAAGCAAGAAGUCAAGGUCGACGACGAUAGCGAUAUCGAAUCCUCACCGGCCGGAAAGAAGUUUGGUACUAUCAAGGCAAAUGAUUACCAGACCAGUCUUCAGUUCCUGCUACAGAACCCCCAACUGUUGGUUGAGAAGGAGACAGACGGCCUUCUCGUCCAGGCCUUUGAUGCUGCUCUGGAGGGCAAGGAUGAUCUUUCGCGACAAUACGUGCACCAAGGCCUACUUCUGCAGUACUGCCGAGCUCUCGGAAAGGAUGGUGUCGGACUCUUCUUCAAGCGUAUCAUGACCAAGGGACACCAAGCGCAGGAGGUGUUCUACAAGGAUGUCCAAGAGACUUACAUGAAGAUCAAGACCCGUUCCAAAGAGAUCCUAGCCGAGCGAGCCAAGGAAGGCCAAACAGAAGGUGUCGAGCAAAUCCAGUUGCACGCUGUGGAGCCCGGCACGGUCAUCAAUAUCAAGGUUCCCAAGGCCGAUAGCGAGGACCCUGAGGAGCAGGAAGCACGCGAGAUCUUUGAACAUUUUGCGCCCGAGAUGCGCAAAGCUCUGGAGACGGGUAAUCUAGACGAGGUGAACAAGGUGCUGGGCGAGAUGCCGAUCGACGAGGCUGAGGAACUCGUGGGUCUCUUUGGCGAGGCCAACAUCCUUAGUUUGGAAGAGCAAAUUAUUGAUGCGACUACGGACGAGGGCAAGAAGCAGCUGAAGGACAUCGAGGCUGCGGCUGCAUCGGAGAAGAAGGAAGAGUACGGAGACCCUGAGUAG